AUUCCACCCAGCCCUGUCCCACUGAAACAAGAUGGCGGCGAGCAUAGUGCGGCUCUCUCUCCGUCUUUCCGGCAGGAAAACGGGCAUAAAAAGCUGUAAUCCCGGAUUAAACCCCUCCUCUAUUCCCAGGAAGAGUCAAAGCAGGGCUGUGGUUUCCACUCCUUCCGGGGGAAUCCUCCCCAAACCUGAAAAGACACCUUUUGGCCUUUUCCGGAUGACUGUGGUGGUGGUGCCUUUCCUGUACGUUGGAACUUUGAUCAGCAAGAACUUUGCUGCUCUCCUGGAGGAGCAUGACAUCUUCGUCCCUGACGAUGAUGACGACGAUGACUGACUUUAGUGUGCAACAUAAAGAGGGCGUUUUGCAAUAUGGACUGAUGGAGAAGCAGGCAGCACAGUAAACCAGGCAGCACAGUCAAGAUGAAUGAGCUGUUUCCUGCAGCCUUCAUAUCGACGCCCAAACCUCUCGUCUUCUGAAUCAUUCGGCUCCACCUUCACUCUUGUGUGCAUGUUUACAAGUGUGUCCACUAAAGAAAUGUUUAUUAAAACUGAAAUAAACGUAGAUGAUUGAAAGAAA